UUGUUUUAAACUUGUUUUGCGAAUUUUGCCGGCAUUUCAUUUCGUUUAAUCUGGUUUGGUUAUUGCUUCUGUGCCUUCAAUAUGAUGCAUUUGGAGCGGUAUGUGACGAAGAUAAAGCCCGCCAUCGAGGGAUUCAUAAAGGAGCCCAACAAAGACAACCUGUCAACGGUGGAGCGCGAAAUUGAAGGAUUUAACUUUGGCGAAAUGCGCAUCUACCAGGUGCAAACGCUGGUCCCCUUGGUGCUCAAGCUGGACGAACUGUCUGGGGAGAACCAAGAGCUGCGCACCAGCCUUAUGAAUUGCCUGAGCAACAUUGUAUCGCACACUUACCUGGCGGAUGACAAGGGCCUGCGUUCCAUUCUCGUGGUGGUGCUGCAACAGAUUCGCGAUCCCAAGGCAGCCGUUAUGCGACCUAAUCUUUCCGAAGAAAUCAAACUGGCGGCAAUACAGUGCAUAUUUGAGUCUUUGCGCCGGUCCACAAGCGAUGUGCUAGAGUCGUUCUAUGUCAAGGAGACAGCCAUGUUGCUGGGACAGAUCCUGCUUACGCUCCUAGAGAUUAUUGAGCGGGAAAAGUAUCGAAAAUUGGUGCAGUCGGCCCUGCAGUGCCUGCAGGUGGCUUUCUAUGUUCACGAUGAAUCCGAUUCAGUGGAUGUGGUGCUGCGCAAUCAAGUGGCCGAUACCAUUUUUAUAUUUCUUCCGAAGGUACUUAUUGUACUAUUUAAGACAUCCUUGAAAGAUGACAAGGUUGGCGAAACCAUUAAAUCGAUGGCUGUUCAAGCCCUGGGUCGCAUCAUCUGCAUCAUGUUCGAGGAAACCACGGACGAGUAUAUGAAAAUGCGCUACGACGUGGAUGCCUUUCGAAACCUCUUCAAUGGCACCAACGGUCACAUAGAGGAGGGCGAGUUCAACUAUUUUGGCAACAAAAAGGGCUCCAUCGAACAGAAUGAGGAGAGACUGCAUCAAAUGCAAGCGGAGCUGCGUUCGCCCCAAUGGGUUUCUGCUACAUCCCGACGCCUGCGGCCCAUUUUCGUGGAGACGAGUAUUUUGAGGGCACACGAAGCCUUGAGACUAAGAAAGAGCUAUGCAGAAAUGUGCUGCCUGCUUCUUACGAACUGUGCCCACAACCUGCGGAGUAACUUUAUUCACAUCCUGGAGAGCGUGCUGGCAUUGUCGGAGGAUGAGGAUCUUGAAAUAGCCCAGCGCUGCAGAGACACCCUACUUCAUUUGCAACAGAUGCCUAGCAGUCAGGGCAUCUUUGAUGAGAAUGCCGAGAUGCUGCUCGAUGCUCACCUGAACAAAUGGCCAAGAAUCUUGCACCGCUGCGAGGACAACGAACAGUUUGCUGAGUUGCUCUUCUUUAAGGGUUUCUUGCGCAGCGUCAAUGCCGAGAAACUCCAACUGCUGCUUCUGGUCCCCAAGAAUCUGGAGAUGUUCGUUACCUGUCUGUUGACGGCCCUUGACUUGCGCACCAACCGGGAGCUUCUGAACGAGGAGUACUCCCUUCGUCGCAUCCGCGAAGGCGACUCCAAAGACUUGGCAGCAGAGCUGUCUAAGCUGACAUGGCGCCAGUUCAAGCAUCUGGGCUCUGACCGCACUGUAGCGAUUCUGUAUGACAUUGCAGCAAUUUUGGGCGCUGAGCCAGCAUUAAACCGCUUGAUCUUCGACUAUUGCCAGGAACUGAUUCACCAAAGGUCUACGGCCAUGAACGAGGCUGUGUUACUCCUAAAUCUAAUGGUGACGCGGGAGGAAGUGAAGGCGUCCCGUGAAAGUCGCCUGGUGCUAGCUAGACUUUUGCUGGAUCAGCUGCUCCGCGAUGAGCACUGGAAUUUAGCCCUGCAGCCGGACGCAGCCUGGCGACUCAAAGUGGAUAAGCCAACUCACUGGUUUGAGGAACGAACACCGGGAAUCUAUUCUUCGGCAGUGGAGGUUCGUACUCAGGAUUGCGAUUCCGAUGACGAGCAGUCCGAACAGGUCAUCAGUAAACGAGUGAGCAUUGCGGACGCCCAGUUCAAUGUGCUGCACACCUGCCUGGUGUUGGAUGCAGUGGGACACUGUGCCACAUUCAUUGGUGACACGUUUGACAGGUACAUAUUCCAGAGUCUGCACAAGGUGCUCCUCAAGGUGGCCAGCAGCAAUACUAUUGUCCACCUGGCAGCUAGUUUCGCCUUUGUUUCCAUGCAGCUCGCCUUAAAAUAUGCAGAGCCAUCGCACUUCAUCGAGUGCUCCACGGACUACAUCUCUUUCCACCUAAACGCGUUGCUGAAACGACGGUCGACUGAGAGCACCGCUGCCGUGGACAUUCUCACCGUUGUGCUGCAGUACAGCAGCCGUGGAAAUGUGCCCCACUUGGACAGCUUAUUCCAUACCAUACGCGACGAGUGCUCCAAAUCCCACCAGAUGGCCAAUGUACACUCGUAUCUGCGUGUGUUUAAUGCAUUCCUAAAGCACGUCUCCGAAUGGAAGGGUGAUGCCGAUGCCGAGGUCAAUGCUUUCGAGUCGCCAAUGCAAGUAGACGAUGAUGAGAGUGUCCUUACCACAUGGACAAAUGUACUUAAGAAACCGCAGUUACUAGACGAUCCUAAUGUCGAUGCCAAUAUGACUGAUGUGCCUGUCCAGGAUGCCAAGGAAGAUGCAGGUGGAGAUGAUGAUACAGUACCGGAACCCACGAAGCCCGUGCUACCGCGUCAUGUGGAAAUGGUCAAGGACAUCCUAAGUCAGGUAAUCAAGUUCGUUUCGACCGCUGAGCAACCGCAGCAGAUAGCGGCUAUAGAAUGCUUCUCCAGUGGCUUGCCCCUGCUGGCAGCCUAUGAAAACGAAUUCCUACCACUGGUUCAUCUGGUGUGGCAACCUCUGGUCGAGAAAUUCCGCCAAAAGGAUGCCCUAGUGCUCAACCGUUGCUUUACUUUACUCCACUUACUGGGCGUACACGCCAAGGACUUUAUACUCAAGCGGAGUCUCAGCGAUGUGAUACCACAAUUAAAGCAGUUCCUCAAGGCAGCCAGUCUACAGAGCAGCAGAAAGGAAGACAAGCAGCAAGCCAAGACCCAAGAGUACAAGCUACAACUAAAGUUACUCCAGAGCCUAGCUGACUUUAUACUGGGACUUCAGAUAGAGGGAAAGCAUCUUCAUGAGCUGAUGUCGACGGCUGCGCUCUACCUGGCGCAGGAGCAGCCUCCGGAACUGCAGUCACUGGCCAGACAGUUCUUCCUCGAGCUGGCGGUCUACAACGGUCCCUUUGUCUAUGUGACGCUCUUGCAGCGGGCACAUCUUAAAGAUUACAAGGUAAACGUUAGCCAGAUCCUUGAAGCCAUGGGUUUUAGCACAGCUGCUAAUAGGCCUGAAGCAGAAAAGCUUGACCAAUAAAGAACAACAGACGUCGUUUUUAUUAUGUAUUUCACAAUUGCUCUAAUUCUGGUUCACUCGAUGAUUAACAUUACAGGCUUUAAUGCUAGAUGUGUGUCUUUUAAUGCGCUUUGGGUAGCUUACAUACUGUCUGUCAUACUGUACGUAAGACGUAUAUGCAAUAGUUUUUGGAUUGAAAAAAAUCAUUGGAUUAU